AGGGCACGCCGAGUCGUUCCUGAAGUUGUAACUUUGUAACACUCUGCGGAAGCUGAAGUUUGUUUCCUAAACAUUGACAGCAGACAAUGGACCGCUGGGAAGCUAAAUAACAACAGGAUUUUUCGCAACAUGAAUGCAUGCUGAAAACAAAAAUGGAGGACUUAUUUCAAUCCCAGAUGUCUCAAAACUCCUUAAUUUUGGAGAGUAAAGGACUAAAGAAUUUCCCUGUAGAACUACUACAGAAUAAUAAUGUGAGAUACAUUUCUGUGGCUAAAAAUGAUCUGAGAAGUCUCCCUGAAGAAAUAUGCAAUGUGUCAAAUUUGGAAAUCUUAGCUGUUCAGGGGAACAGACUUACAACACUUCCAGCAGCCUUGUGGACAUCAGGCAAUCUGAAAGCUCUCAAUAUAAGUGACAACCAAAUAGACAAACUUUCAGAGGGAGUAUGUAAUCUAACAGAAAUUGUACAGUUCCAUGCAAAUAACAACAAUUUUGAUAGUCUGCCAAAUUCAUUUGGAAGUUUAACCACCCUGGAAGUUCUGUCUCUAAAUGACAACCGCUUGCCUAUUUUGCCGGAGUCAUUCGGAAACCUGAUCAAUAUGAAGACCUUGAAUUUGGAGAGAAAUAGAUUGAGGAUCUUCCAACGAGCUGUAUGUCAACUGGAAAACCUCAUUCAACUAAACAUGUCUGGGAACAAGGUAGUCACUUUACCACAGCAAAUUUCCAAUUUGACAAAACUCAAGGAGUUGUCUCUUAGCGAGAACCAGCUGACAUCUUUACCACCACAGCUCUUCAAACUUGUGUCUCUGGAGGUAUUAGACCUCUCAGGAAACUUGUUGACAGCCAUGCCAGAUGAGGUAGAAAACUUGGUGAACUUAAAAGUUUUGAAGCUGUGUGGAAACAAACUCAAAGUGCUUCCAGAGAAGAUCAGUUCUUGCUCCAAACUCCUUCACCUCCAUGUGAACCACAAUCUUCUCACCAAACUCCCCAGGAGUAUUGGAUCAUUGGCUUGUCUCGAAGAACUUCAUGUAAGUGGCAAUCAGAUCGAGACACUACCUAAAGGGAUACGGUCUUUGACAAAACUGUCUGUGUUGAAGUGUGCGGGGAAUCUCCUGGUCCAGUUCCUCGUUGAUGUCAACCAUCUGUGUGGACUGACCCAUGUUGACCUCAGCGGCAACCACAUCCACGACUUCCCCAAUGAACUUUUCUCAGUGCAGUCCUUACAGCGUCUGGACCUCAGCAAAAAUCUCAUAUCAAAACUUCCCAUGGAGGUCAGUAAGAUGCCCUCACUGAAGCACCUGGACCUCAGCGAGAAUCGCCUCUCCGACCUUCCAAAAUGCCUGUACAACCUUGACACACUCAGCCACUUAAAUGUCAGUGGCAAUGCCCUUCAAAUGCUCCCUGGUGGCAUCACCAGCCUUGGCAGCAUACAGGAGCUACUACUACACAACAACCAGCUGAAGGAUCUGCCUUCUGACCUGUAUUUCCUGAAAACGUUGAGGGUGCUGAAUCUAUCAGAAAAUAAUCUUGGAAGCAUCUCCUCUCACAUCAGAGGCCUGAAGGAGCUUAGGGAACUCAACCUAUCCAGCAACCAAUUAGCUUCCUUUCCCGUUGUGGUGUGCGACCUGAGGACACUGCGGAAACUCUUCAUCAGUAACAAAAAAGGCAAGAAGUUAACACAGCUUCCAGAGAUGCUAGACAGACUUCGACUCCUGAGGGAGCUGGACUUCUCAGACAAUGAAGUGACUUACAUCCCAGAGGCUGUGUACGACCUGAAGCACCUCACAAAACUGACGGUCAGCAAUAACAUGCUGACGAGCCUGCCUGAGGGAAUCGCAGCCCUGCAAAACCUGCAGCACAUCGACUUGCAAGGCAACUUGUUGCAGCGUCUCCCGUCCAGCCUGGCUCAGAUGAAAUCACUGAAGAUGAUCAAGCUGGAGGGCAAUCCGCUGGUGCAGCUGCCUAAAGAGAUCUAUGAUGGACAGCAGGCUCUGCCAGUGGGCUGCUUCCUCAGCUGUGAGCUCACCAGGGACGAGCACAUUCUGCGAAAGAUGUUUCGGUUUGUGGCCAACAAUGUGCCGGAGGAGGACUUCAGUCACCUGUGUGAGAGAUUUCGAGUCCCUCCGGAAGCCCUGAUGCUGGACCCAGUCGUGCAAAGCCUAGCGGUCAGUGAGCGGACGAUGAUGGCGUUGGAGCUGUGGAGGAAGGUCUACCCUCGGGACACCAGUCCCGCCACCAUCGCCGACCAGCUGGUCAGGGGCCUGGUCCUAGCCGGCUUCCAUAGCCUCUCUGCCCAGGCCCAAGCCAUUAAGAUCUACGCCAAAGCCAUACGACUCUGAACGCCCUCAAGACGGCUGUGCUUCUAGACUGCUAAACUUCUUGUCUUCCGGAGUUCUUGUCGAUUUAACACUAGAUGAAGGAGAACGUGUAUUAAAAUCUUGUUUUAAGUAAAACCA